AUGGCAGACCCAACCCAUCCUCCCGAUGAGUCAAAAGCGUCAGACGACGCUCAGCGUGUGGGGGACACUAGCCCGAUAUCCGCGGGGAAAUCGGCGUCACGGCGACAAUUAUUAGCAGCCUUGACGGCGACCGACGUGACUAUUCGUCGCUUAGACUUACUCCUUUCCUCCGCUGAUGGGCAAGAACGAGUCCUCGCAACAACAAAUUACGUCGCAUCAAUCUUACAACACCUCUGCGCAUCCGCCCCCUGGAUCGCACUACAAACACGCCUGGGCAUUUUGGCCCGAUUAAGAGGCCGAGCCCCUUCACAUAACCCCAAACCCACCUCCUCAUCCUCCUCCUUGUCCUCCGCCAGGUGGUCCGCCCUCUCUAACCUCGCCUCCGAAACCCGCUACAACCUCCGGCUCUUCGGCUUACUACCUCUCUGGGUCUGGGGCUCUCAAACAAUCAAAUCACCACCGGCUGACCCGAUAAUUCACGCCCUGACCCAUCUACAAGUCAUUUCCAACGUUAUCUACCAGCUCCUCGAAAACAUAGCCUACCUCGCCGGGAAGGGCGUCAUCUCUAAAAAAUGGAUCGAUAAAUACGGCGGCAUCGAUCUUUGGUACAUAUGGAGUACCCGUGGCUGGUUCGGUCACAUUUUCUUCCAGUUCUUCGUUCUCUGGCGGGAGCAUGUGCUACGCAAGAGACGCUUGGCAGCGAAACGUGCCGCGGCUGGUAACAUCGAGACCAAGGAGAUCAAAGCUGAAGAGGCAGAGCAGUUACGCUUGGAGAUCAGAUCUUGGAAGAAGAGCCUGGUCAACAAUACCAUCUGGGCUCCCUUGUGCAUUCACUGGUGCUUUGAGAAAGGUGUGGGCAUCCCGGAGAACCUGACUGGUUUGGUCAGUCUGAUGGCUGGUGCUUGGGGCAUUUAUGAUUCAUGGGUUGCGACUGGUAAAGCAUGA